CAGGUAAGGCGGGCGCGGCGCCCCGAGCCCUCGGGGGCGGUGGCGCUUUCUGGGUCUGAAACGCGGCCAGGAGGGCUCGGGGCCAGGCGCGGCUCCUCCCAGGCCACGGCUCGGCUCCCGCGGACAUUCCGGGCCGCGGCCGGCGCGGCGGCAGCUCCCCGCGCGCUCCGCAGCCCCCUGGACCCCCGCGGGCCUCGGGGCCCCGUGCAGGUCCUGCCCCGCCGGCGCGAACAUGUUGGACGGCUUGAAGAUGGAAGAAGAAAACUUCCCCAACGCCCUCGACCCCGCGGCCUCCUUCUCUUCCCUGCUGGGCGGCGCCGGGGGCCCCAAGUCGGUGUGCCAGGGCUGCGAGCGCGUCAUCUCCGACCGGUUCCUGCUUCGGCUCAACGACAGCUUCUGGCACGAGCAGUGCGUGCAGUGCGCCUCCUGCAAGGAGCCGCUGCAGACCACCUGCUUCUACCGCGACAAGAAGGUCUACUGCAAGUACGACUAUGAGAAGCUCUUCGCCGUCAAGUGCGGCGGCUGCCUGGAGGCCAUCGCGCCCAGCGAGUUCGUCAUGCGCGCGCAGAAGAGCGUGUACCACCUGGGCUGCUUCUGCUGCUGCGUGUGCGAGCGGCCGCUGCGCAAGGGCGACGAGUUCGUGCUGAAGGAGGGCCAGCUGCUGUGCAGGGGCGACUACGAGAAGGAGCGCGAGCUGCUCAGCCUGGCCAGCCCCGCCGCCUCCGACUCGGGCAAGAGUGAGGACGAGGAGAGUCUCUGCAAGGCGGCACACGGGCCGGGCAAGGGCGAGGACAGCAAGGACCACAAGCGCCCCAAGCGCCCCCGCACUAUCCUGACCACCCAGCAGCGGAGGGCCUUCAAGGCUUCCUUCGAGGUGUCCUCCAAGCCCUGCAGGAAGGUGCGGGAGACCCUGGCCGCGGAGACAGGGCUGAGCGUCCGGGUGGUGCAGGUCUGGUUCCAGAACCAGCGGGCCAAGAUGAAGAAGCUGGCACGCCGGCAGCAGCAGCAGCAGGACCAGCAGAGCACCCCGAGGCUGAGCGCUGCUCCGGCCGGCGGCGGAGGCAGCGGCAGCUCCGGGAUGGACGGGGUCAUGACCCCCUACACAGCGCUGCCCACCCCCCAGCAGCUGCUGGGCCUGGAGCAGAGCGUCUACAGCGCGGACCCCUUCCGGCAGGGCCUCACGCCCCCGCAGAUGCCCGGAGACCACAUGCACCCCUACGGUGCUGACCCCCUGUUCCACGACCUGGACAGCGACGAGGCGUCCCUCAGCACCCUGGGCGACUGCUUCCUCGCCACCUCGGACGCUGGGCCCCUGCAGGCGCGCGUGGGCAACCCCAUCGACCACCUGUACUCCAUGCAGAAUUCCUACUUCACCUCCUGAGCGGCCGCCGGCCCCCCGGGACCCGCCCUGUCCCCCCCCCUCGGAGGCAGCGGCCACCACUGCCGGGUGCUGCUGGGUGGGGGCACGUCACGGGGGGGGGAGGGCACUGACCCACCCCCCAUCUGCCCCAAUGCCCGAUCCUUAGCGUUAGGUAGAUGAGCUUCCUGGCAGGGACUUGAAUCCAGACCCAGCCCGAAUAGUGUCCAGACGUGCCCGGUGACGCCCCUGCACUCCGGCUGGGGGGGCGGCUGGACCCGCGCGGUGCGGGGCCCCAGACAGACAGACAAACGGACGGACGGACGGCUUUAGCUCAGGGCUAUGCCGCUCUGCCCCCCUACCCCUGCACAGCCACCGGCCAUGCAGCAGAACUGACUUAUUUUCUGUGUGAACUCUAUUUAAGGAACCGCUCGAUGCUCUUAAGUUAUAAAAGGAGAUGAUUUACUUU